AUAUUUUCCCCCAUUUUUUCGAUUUUCAUUUUUAUUUUUUAAAUUGUUUCGAUAAGCCAAAGCGGAGUGAAGCAGAUUCUGAAGCUCCAUAUUCAAUCCAAUCCUCAUCUCUAAUUCCAAUGGCUAUACUAAACUACAUCUCAGCUACCUCGACUCCCAUCUCCCAGGAUUCUUCAAUUCCACCUCCAUUGCCAGACCCAAGGCAAACCAAGGUCAUUCUCCCCAAAAAGAAGCCGGAAAAAUGGUCCACCGGAGUUUCUCCCGGCGACUACGGCGGCCCCCCUACCACAACCAAGCUCCGUAAGUACUGGGGUGGUGAAAAAGACGACCCCUUAACCUCCGAUGAUUAUAUCUGGAACAGAGAAUUCAUGGGUCGGAUGAAAAAGUUAAUGAAGGACCAACCUGAUGAUUCAUCUGUUCGCGUCAAUAAAGCUAAGGAUGAGCCUUCUGGAUUUCUUAGCUUGAAUAGAGUCAUGACCCUUGAUAGUUUGGAAGUCGAUUUGAGCAAAGAACUAAUGGCUCCUCCGAUGCCUCUGAAGGAAAACGUUGUCGAGGAAAAGAUUCAGGUCGAUAACCGCAAGUCACCCAGAUGGAGAUUGGCACCAACAAGGCGUGAGCAAGAGAAGUGGGAUAGGGCAUAUAAGGCAGCUACUGGAGGCAGUGACGUGAUGUUUCGAGAAUUGAGAAGGCCUCAAGGGGAUCCCGAAGUAUUGGCCGCCUUAUCGAGGGAACAGUAUUUUAAGUUAAAGAAGAAGCUGCAAACCUUAACCCUGGCAAUAGGAGGUGUUGGUUUGGUCUCAGCUUAUGUUUCUUAUUCCCCGGAAGUUGCUGCUAGCUUUGGUGCUGGGCUAAUUGGUUCUCUUGUGUAUGUACGAAUGCUCGGGAGUAGCGUAGAUUCUCUGGCAGAUGGAGCAAGAGGACUUGUCAAGGGAGCCGUUGCACAACCACGGUUACUAGUUCCAGUUAUACUAGUGAUGGUAUAUAACCGUUGGAACGGUAUUCUUGUUGAAGAUUAUGGAGUUAUGCAAUUACAGUUGAUACCAAUGCUAGUUGGGUUCUUCACAUACAAGGUAGCUACCUUUGUUCAAGCUUUAGAGGAGGCGCUUACGGUCACUAAGAACGAACCGCAAGCCUAGGAUAUACUUUUAGCUCAGCUGAUAAAAAGACAAAGGUAGCAAAGACAUGAAUGUUUGGUGAUGAGCCAACAGCUGAAAGUACCAACUUAUGUCAUUUUCUGAUCAACCUGUGUGGUUUUGAGCUGUCACAA